AUGGAGGGGCACGGUAUUCCGCUUGGCACUCUUAAGGAGUGUCUGCAGUUCUUGAUGUGGUUAAAUAGUGAUAGUGGUAUGCAGGAUAAGGUGGCCCAAAAUCUGGAAAAACGUAUUGAUAAGUAUUUUAAACCGCCCAAAUUCACAUUAAAUAACGUUAAAUCCGCACUGUCCAAAUUCCUUGAGAACGCGUCUGGGUUUUAUACGAGGCUAUGCUACAAUGCGCAGCCUUGGUCACAUAGAGGGGAAAGGCCGGACCAAAUAUGCAACGCUCUCCUAGAGUGUACGCCCAAGUUCCUCACCGUUAUGUACUUUUUGUGGUACAAUGUGGAUCCGAGUUUCUCACAACUUCAUGGCGGUGGUUGGAAACAGAACUGGACUGGGGCAUUAACGGGGAGUUACUGGCACAAAAAUAGCGGCGGUGAUCUCGACCAAUAUCUCUUCGCGAAAUCCGGCGACUCAAAGCACGGCGUCAUCCCAGGUGGGUUCACGUCUGACGAUGAGGUGAUAUAUAACGCAAAUGUGUGGGACCGUGGCUAUCCCCAAGGUUAUAGCAUGGCUAGGGACCUUGAUAAGAUUGUGAGCAAAGAGUUCUACAAUUUUUUCCGCAGCGUAUUUGUCACGUCCGUUAUCGCAGAUUCAGCGAAACGUAGAGAGAACGCCGCGAACGCUAUCGUAUUGAUGAGAACGUUCUGCGAUAUUGUCUUAGAGGAGGCAAAGAAAAGUAAUAACGGCGGCACAUUAAUACAUGAAUUGAAUGAAGGCUUACGCCAACAAGUGAGAUCAAACAAUAACUUCAUAUGCUGGCAAGACUUAAGACAACAUUGCGCUAAGCUUAAAGAACAAUUCAAGAAAAUCUUUGCCUCAAAGCACUUUGACUUCACCGGACAGUCGACGGGAGUCGGCGACCUUAAGAUGGAGCUUGCGAAGGAAACGGCGAAUUGGUUGAGAACGAAUAUAACCAGAGUGCAAGGACAUUUGAAUGAUAUUGAUACAAAAGAUAGCAGCAUUCAAGGCCAUCUUGGAGUGUACUUCACGAAAAACCUUUUCCCGUACGGAUUUACGAUUUUUAAUAAUACUCGCUUCCAAAUGACGAAAAAAGAUGUGCAGAAAUUAAGAACAGAUUGGCGUGAGGUGAUCAACAAGUUUAAGAGAAGUGACGGCGAUUUGGAUAUGCUGGUAAGAAUUUUGGAUGGAAGGUUUAGAGAUUCGUGUCCCAAUGUUACUCCACCUAAAAUACCUGAGGUGCCGCCUGCAAUACCUCCCGCAAAUCCCAAAGCCGACGGAACUCCCAACCAAGGCAAGAAAAGUGAGGGAGCACAGAACCAAGGCAAGAAAAGUGAGGGAGCACAGAACCAAGGCAAGAAAGCUGCGGAUACCCCAAGUCAGAAUACCAGUCAAAGUGCAGAUACGUCUUCAGGUACAUCAGUUGGACAGCCUUCUGUUGCAGCUCCGCCUACCGGUAAGGAUGGAGGGUCAGGCCUGCAAGGGCCUAAAGGUAAUAAGGGUGAUGCAGGCCCGCCAGGGUCUACUGGUGCUCCAGGUUCGCCAGGGCCUAAAGGUGAUAGAGGGCAGCAAGGACCUAAUGGUCAAGGCCCGCAAGGGCCUAAAGGGACCACAGCUCAAGGAUCUCCUAAGUCGCAAGUUGUACAUGUUCAACAACCACCUCAACCCCCACCAGUUCCUCCUCUAUCAACUCCCCCCAGUGCUUCUGCAGACCCUGGCCCCGCUGGUAAGGUGGGUCCCCCGGGUCAGGGUUCAACGUCCGGUGUUCCUCCAGGUCAACAGCCUGUUCCUCCUCCAGCCCCUACGCAUACUCAGUCUCCAAGUGCUUCAAGUCCAGGCACUGGGUCAGCUGGUGGUAAGGGGGCUGGUACACAAGGUAGUCAACAUGUUCCUCAACCAACAAAUCAAGUCUCCAAUCAAACUCCAAGCAGCGGUACUACUCCGUCGGCUGGUGGGAGUAGAGGGGCGGCAGGUAAGGGGCCCAGUAGUGCUUGUUCAAAUGGUAAACCACUGUUUAUUGGCGGCGUACCGUUGUGCCCUUCAACGCCUCAGACAACUGAAUUAAAUUCCUUUGAUGAAAAAGAUAAGAAGCUCUGGGAUCUCCAAAAAAUACAGAUUGUCCAAAGCAUACAAGAUGAACAUAAUAAGAAACAUCCAAAUCGUCAAAUUAUCCUAAAUCAUAUUCCCCCACCUCAAUCCCAAAUACCGCCUAGCCGUCUUAGGCAGCCCAGCCACCCUGCUCCCGGACCUUCCCAUCAUCCUACUGAUGCCCGACGUUUUAAACAGCGUCCCUACUACAAUCCACAGGAUAGAAAUACACGACAGGGGGAUGCGAAUGUUACGGCUAUGCAGGAUGUUCCGUCUCUGGAGGUCAGUGGUGAAGUAAUCCCGGAUACGUCUUCUAAACACCUACAAGAGAAAAUAAAGAAAAAAGAACGGCAAGCUCAGCAAGAGGAAGUGGAUCAGCUUAAACAAAAUGAAGACAAGUCCAACGCGGAACAAAAAAAAGAAGCAGACGAAAAGUGGAAAACACAAGUGGACGAGGGUAAGCGCCAACAGCGAUAUGAUCAAUUUAGUAAAACCCUAGGAAGUCAGAAUGAGAGGAGAAAGAAAGCCGCAGAGUCGUUGCAGAAGAAACUGGACGACGCUAGAAGGGUCCAAGAGGAGGAACUCAAGAAACUACAGGACGCUCCAUCCACAACUCUGGAUGGAUUUCAACCUGCAUAUCAAUAUCCACAUCUCGUUAGCAAUCUUCCAGACUACGUGUCAUCGAUGUGUUCCGUCGAUGGUGGCGUCAUUCCCCAUCCGCACAAGGAGUGGAUGGAAAAUGAACGGAAGCGUAGAAGUGAUGACGCAUUUUAUGAAAUCCACGAAAGAAAGCAGAUGCAACUUGCAGGUAACUUGGAGACAAUUCAAAACAUUAAGGAGGCAAAUGCCAUGGAAUUACAAAAAUUCCUGGAUCACAUUAACGACACGAAUAUAGCUAACCAAACAGGGCAUGUCUGGGGUAACACAGUUCAGCCGUCGAAAUCCGCUCCACUAAAACACCAAGCAUUAACUCUCGUCGAAGGCACCAAUAUUGUGGAUCCACGCCACAUAAAGGAUGAUGAGAUUCGUAAGCUGCAGCUUCAAAAUGCUAACGAUGACUUUAAAAAUUAUUAUGAACACCGAAGAAAAAACUUAGCAAAUGAAAUUCAACAGUUUCAAGAUGAAGUCACUAAGAAAAAUAAGGAUGCCAUAGAGGCAGAAAAAAGCAAGGGCAUACCACAAGUUUUUACAGAGCGUGCGCCGAGACGCCCGCCUCCUGAGUUAUACGAGUUGCCGGAUUUCGAUAUCCAAGUCUCCAAGCCUAUUGUUCAAGACCCUGUCGGCAACCCGUAUGAUGACCCUUAUGCCAAUGACGACGAUAUCCUGCGGGACGAAUUAGAAUAUGCGGCACAGCAGCAUGACGUCUAUAAAGGCUUUUCAGGCAUGCCUAAUACCAAUUUCGAUCUUGAGUUUUCUCCGGCGUUGUUUGAAUCCUCCGGGCGUGAUCCUGGGAUGCCGCGUGAGCCUGACAGGGUGGUGUCCGCCCGGAGCAUUCCAGUGUUUCCUGACGCCGGCGUCUGCCAAAACCCGUGGUACGUUCCUGCCUCCUCCGCUACCACCCCUCCAACCCCCUCCCCUCCCCCAGCCUCGGACCAGCUGCCCCCGCCAGACACCAUCCGGGAGAUGCUCCACUGGCUGGUCGGCCUGACUGAAUCGGGGUAUAUUGGCACGAUUAAGGAGCAUGUUAGGAGCCUUUUGAGGGAGCAUAACAAUGAUGCCUCACAGCCUCAUGAUACCCUCGAGGUCACUGGGCAUCCCACCAGCCUGACCGCUGCCCAUGUCUCCAAUACUCUGACAGAGGCAUGUCUCUACUCGGCGAGCGUUCUCCACAGGAUUAAGCAUAAGGACAAUUCGAAGGCUGUUUCAGUCCCUGAUUUCAGCUCAGAAUAUUCCAAGCUUUGUUACUCCAUCGACCCCGCCCGCCUACUCUGCCAGCUGCGGGACUGCGUCUACGCCUGCUGCCACCAGUUGGCGUUCCUGAAGUCGCAGUGUUAUCGUAAGCAAUCCGAAGGCGGUUGGCAGGAAUGUCAAUAUGGCCGUGAUGUAACCUCCAACUCCCCCCUCCAGGACUUCCUGAUUGACGCCCCCGACUCCAAGUUCAAGACUCACCCCUUCGACCCGUGCAACAUCUGUCUCAAGAGCCACGUCAACAUGGGAUUCAAGCAGGAGGAUUUGCCUGAACCUCAGCAAACAGGCAAGCAUAUUUCCACCAUCCUCAGUCCCACCUGCGGCGGCGAGGAUCCCUUGCUGACAUUGUCCUCCUACCUCACCUGCCUCACCAGGCGGACGCCGCGCACCACCGGGGAGCUUGUCUCCUUCUUCCACAAUUUCGGGAAUGAACUGCACAAGUCUUCUUCACAGUUGUCUCCACUGGGCUCCGCCCUCUCCAAGCCACAUGACCACUGCCCCGACUGGGACUGUCUUGAGGCCGAAGACCUCCGAGCCAUAGAGGACGCGCGGGGCCCCGCCCCUCCAAGCUCCAACCACUACCACGACAAGGACCAUGCCGAUACCUUGUCCGCACUGGUUGGCUGCGACAUCACCAAUGCGCAGUGCCCACAACUUCUUUCACCCAUCACCUACCGGGCCUACGCCCUGUACUCUUCCAGCUUCGUCCACCACUACCUCAGCUGGGCGGUGUACCUGGCAGACAGACUGUGGGAGUCCCUGCUCAAGAUGCACUGUGAUCUCAAGGACCUUCAGUGCCACGACUCUAACUCCAAAUCCCUCUACCAGUGUCCCAAGGCACUGCCCCUCCUCUACUCUCACGGCAUCACCCCUCCGGAUGGGGCACUGCAGCCAUCACUCACGUGUUCCGAGGUCAUCGCCAAGCUGGAGGCAGUGGUCAACGGACAGCCUAUCGCAAGCCUCAUGACCGCCAUGGACCUUUUCCUCUACCACAUCCGUGCCCCCUUCCUCUUCACCAUCACAGCACUCUGGCUCACCGCCACGCUCUACAUCGCCCACUCACUACUCUACCGCAUGGACGUUAUGCACAUCCGCUCGCAUCUCCUCACCACCAGGGCUUCACACCUCAUCGACGUCAAGGCUUUACUCGCCGGCAGCCGCAGGAUGCUCUCACUCUACAAGGAAGUCGACUACUUCGACGAGGACUUUCACUCGUGA